AUGCUCCACCAGAGAGCGGCUCCACCCCCUGUUCCCACCUCCGCCGCCUUCCCUUGUCACCUCGGCUCUAAGUGUGCGUGGAGGUCGCGCGGGGCGCGCGGGGUCGUGCAUUUGGCGCUCUGUGCUGCCAACGCGAGCACCCAGUACCUGAGCGGCUUGGCGCUCCGCGGACUCGUGUCCACAGUACAGAGGACAUGCAGGGUUCGGCCGGGGGGCGGCUGCACCGGGGCCUGCCUCGCGGACCUGGACUCGGACUCCGGGCGGCCCUGCCUGGUGCCAUUGCCUCAGCCAAGUCUCCCACCUCUCUGCUCGGUUUCCCGCCCCACCUUUCCCCUACUCCCGCAUCCCUGUCCCCUCGCUUCCCUCCGCUAUGCCUCCAUCAGAGUAAGAAACGAAGCUGAACGCAUUGGUAACUGUGCUCAAGAAGAUACAAUCGCGGGAGCCCUCAGGGUGGCGCACGGCGGAGAGGCGACGCGGGUGGCGCUGCAGAGGCUGGGGGUCUCGGGUCCUGGCGCUGAGAGGCCUCACCUUGACUUGCUGCCCGGGCCGUGCACCCGUGGGCCCCAGGGCGACGCGGCGGGGGCGGCCCUAGCGACCUGCGGCGGCGCCGGGAAAGCCCUGCCUCUGCAGCGGGUCCCAGGGGUCGGGGCCUGGAAGGGUCCCUGGGAAUGCUACGCGCCGAGAAGGCUCUGUGGUUUCUCCUCCCCCACACGUCUCCCUCUCCUCCUCUCUUCCCGGGGACCUCAGAGGUGGCGGGGAGGUGGGAAGGGAGGCGGGCUUGCAGACCGUGCAGGCUGGGGAGCCGGAGCUCGGGAGCUGGGGGAGUCCGAGUGAGAACGGAAGCGCGUGGACGCGAUGGAAGGGGCCGGGGGAAAGGGGGACAGCACUGGGGAGGGCUGGGGUGCGGGGCAGGCGACAGUCCCUUCCCCUCCGAAUGGCGCGGGGGACCUCUUCCCCGGGGAACCCCCACCCAGCCGUUCCCAACCUCGAGAACAAAGGGUCUGGGAAGCACGGUCGGGGUCGGAGAGCGGAGGUGGAGGGAGGCAGGAAGGCAGGCGGUGGGGGCAGGGGAGGGCGCCUCCCCACGUUUCCUCUCGCGGCCGAAUGAUGGAAAGCUCCCUCCAGCAAACGCCUCACUGAGGCCGCUUCUAAAUCCGGGAGGGCUCGGGUUCCUUACCUAACGGCUGCAUUUCGCUCCCUUCCUCCCCCAGCGUCCCCACCCCCUCUGGGGACCGGGGCCCUGGAGCUGCCAGGCCCGCUGCACGCGGCGGUGCGGGAGGAACCACGGGACAGCAGCGCCCCCUGCAGGUGCCGGGCGCCUCCGCAGCCGCUGCGCGGACCCAGCUCUUAAGGUGGCACCACCGGGUUCCCAGCCCGCGCGCAGCCCGCAGCCCUGGCUCCAUCCGCCGCAUGUCUCCCUCGAGUAGCGGGCCUGCUCCGGAACGGCCGGAGUGUGCUGAUGGCUGCUGCUAUCUGCUUGAUCCCUUCACCCUACCUCUCAUCCAGGACUUCUUCCGCGGAUGCCCAGCUAGCGAUUUCGACAGGCGAGAUUGAAAAUUCCGGGCGAGUAUAUGGGGAUGAGUAAGUCCUGCUUCAGAGAGGAACGACCAGAAUGACAUUUCUUUAAGCCUAAAUCAAACUUUUAUUUUCGUUUAUAAAAAGCAGAAGGCCAGCAGGAAAGGGUCGCGGAGGAUUGGCACGUCCACAACCGUAGGACUCUUGGAUCCAAGUUUUUAGGGUAAGACUGGGCGGUCCGGGGUUCUCUUUCGGUGCUCACAUCCCACAAACUCGUGGGCAGGUGCGGUGCUAGAGGCCGGGGGCAGCGGCGGACGCGCAGGGUAACCUUGUCUCUCGCACCUCCCGAGCCCCCAGCAGCAGCCCACUCUCGUCCGAAUGCUUUAUUUGGUGAUACCAGGGAACGUGGAGAAGAUGGAAGUUCAGUUUUUCUUUUUUCUUUAUUUUAAAUAUUUUUCUUAACUAAAUGGUAUGUUUAUGUGAACCCAUCAUCUCUUGGAAUUAAGUGUCCUCAGCGAACUCCAGAUUCCUAGGGGAAAUCUACGUGCCCAGAGCAGGAAACGCACAAGUCAAUUCAGGUUCCGGUGCCAUCCGCAGUAAAUUCCCUUCCUUUUGCUCCAAGUUCCUCCUCUGCGUCCAGGAGAGGGACCCCCGGGACUCCCGCACACCCAGGACCGGGAGCGGCGGAGCAGAGGGCGGGUGCGAGGGCGCGAGGGAAGGGAGGCGGCCUGCGGACCUGGGGCGCGCAGUUUCCCGGCACCGUGGGAACCUCCAACCCCGGGGCGCGCGGCCUAGGCUCCGCCCUGCCAGGCCUGGGGCCGAGCGGCCCACCCAGUGGGUCCUGCCCUGGGGAAGCCGAGUCCGCGCGCGGGUCGGGCCGCGGCGAGGGAAGCUCGCCUGGGCAAGUGCCGCGCGGGGUCAGACCCACCCCAGGGGUUGCAAACCGCAAGCGAAAGUCGAGAGGGGCUGGAGCUUUUCCUCUAAUCCGUUUUACACUGUGAAAACCGCAGGCCUGUCGCCUGGGCGGCCACUUGUAAAUUGGGAAGCAAAUAUACGAAAAACCAAAACAAACGUACGAGCUGACUUUUCCCAGCUAAGUUUCCCCUCAAUAAAAAGCCCGCUUUCUGGGAAAGAGAGAAACUGAUCCGCGCUCACGAUUGCUUUCUUGGAGAUCCUGGGGGCACCAGGGCGCGCAGGAGGCGCGGCAACAACCCCAGCGCGCAUGGGGCAGCCUGGACUGUGCCCCUCUUAAACCACGCUCCUUCCCAGUCUUCUCCGUGCUUCGCUCUCCACUGGGGUCCCGCCUCUCCACGGGUCACGCCGAGGCCGUAUGCUGCUUGCAAGGGCUCUGCGCUUUCUCGUUCGGCGGGAAAGGCACAUGUUGGCGCUCGAUGUUGGGGCUCAGGGUGUGGUUGAUUUGUCUGCUGAUCUAGGUUUCUUCCCAGCACCGGGCAGGAAGUGUAGGGGUUUGGGUCGCCAGUCCAGGGACUCGGGAAACCUCCAGGCCAACCAGAAGAAACACUUGCAGACACCUUUCUAAUGUCACAGUUUUCCCCCGGGGAAAAAGCAGAAGUUGCUGGGCACAUCACCCAGCACCCGCGCAAACUCUCCACUUACCUCGCGCCCUGCUAGUGGGUGCUGGGGGCCCUCCGGGAACCCCUAGAUGAGCAAGCAAAGUCGCAAGAAGUGGGGUGGGGAACGCUCACCCGAUAAACCAUGCACCAGACUUAAUCAGCCUGUAAUGCUUACUCUAAAUCUAGGCCCAUCUAGGCCAGGUGGGCUGAGUCUUGGGAUAGUGGGUGUCUCCUUCCUAUGUUGAUACAUUAAGGACUCCAUGUGGACAAUUAUUUUUAGUCAAAUUUGUGGUCCUGGAGAUAAAAAGAGGAAAAGAAGAGAGAAGAAAGACAGAAGAGCUUUAUUGUUUUUAUAUUAAAACAAAAGAACCUAUAAAAAAUUGCUUGGUUAAAUUGUGGAGAGGAAGGGAGGGAAGGAAAGAUGAAGGCUUUUCUUCUUUGUUCUUUAAAAGUCCAAGCACUUUCUUUCAGAAUCAAAAUGUAGAGAGGCAGUCAGUCUUGGAGCAUGCUUUUGCAUUUUAGGAUACUACUCAUUAAUUAAGUUUUAAAGCAUUCACUGGGCUGAGCACAGUUUUAAAAAGGUUCUGUCUCACCCAGAUCCUCUUUGAAGCUCAACUCAUUUUGAUUGAAAGAGAUUUGAGACAAGAAUUUCAGAAGAGAAAAACGUGUGUUACACCUGGACAUAUAUACACAUCUAACAGGGAUUGUAUUCCUUCUAGUCUAAGACAAGAGAUUCUAUGGUAAAUUAUUUAAAAAAAAUUAGUUUUUUUUCUAGCAUUGUAUUGUCAUCAGAAAGAAGAGUGCUGAAUUCUCUGUUUCUCCAUUUGCCAAUAAUGAAUCUCCUAGGAGAGAUAACUUUUUGCAAUUGUGCCCCCCACCCAUUUUCUCUCUGGCUUGCUUUAUUUCUCACAUAUGAAUACACACACAGGAGAUACAUCAUGCGCAAAUUUUUUCUUAAUGUGUAAUCUGUAAAUCUAGGCCCAUUUAGGUUUUCAUUGAAGUUGGGAAACUGUUGAGGACUUACUUUCGUUCUUCACCGUGCAUGCACUUUGCCAAGGAUCUUUGGUAACCAAUAAAACGAUCAUGUUCACUCUGAAUGUAUUUCUUUGUGAUUAAAUGGAAAAGAGUAUUCAUGAACUGCUUAAACAGUAUUUUUAUACCAAAACAUCAAUGCAUAAUGAAAAAUGAGCUAUAGUUGUUCCAAAUGUUCAGAAUAGCAGCUUCGCAUUUACAGUCAUAUUUUGGCAAAACUAUUUCAUAUUAAUUGAAAAUGAUACAACAGUGCAUGCAUUCUGUGGAGGGAUGCUUAUUCACUUAGCUGCACCAUGAAAAAUUUAAACUAUCUGGUUCAAAUGACCUGCAAUGCCUACUGAAGGAGGGGUUGGGAAAUUAGGAACUAUGGAAUUAUUUGUGUGUUUUUUUGGCCUUUUCAUGAAGCUUGAAUUAAAUCUAGUUUUUGUGAAAAAUAAAACUAAAGCAAUAUAAGAAUCCCUUAAGUUGGUCUUAUAAAAUCAUAUGGUUUUUUUUUUUUUUUUUUGAGAUGGAAUUUCACUCUGUCACCCAGGCUGGAGUGCAGUGGCACAAUCUUGGCUCACUGCAACCUCUGCCUCCUGGGUUCAAGGGAUUCUUCUGUCUCAGCUUCCUGAGUAGCUGGGACUACAGGCGCUCGCCACCACACCCGGCUAAUUUUUUUGUGUUUUUAGUAGAGACUGGUUUUCACCAUAUUGGCCAGGCUGGUCUUGAACUCCUGAUCUCGUGAUCCGCCCGCCUUGGCUUCCCAAAGUACUAGGAUUACAGGUGUACGCCACCGCGCCCAGCUAUAUGUGAUUAUUAUAAAAAAUCUGUACCUUAAAGAUAUGUUAGUGAAACUAGAUGGAUACAAAUAUAACUAUUACCUUUUCUUUUUCCCAGUGAUUUUUCUCUCUCAAAUGUAAGAUAUGUAGGACUCCAGAACAUGCACUGUAAUUUGUUCUGAUAAUAGGAAAACCAAUGCUGGUUUUCUCAGUGUCAUAGUUAUCAAGGGGCAAUGCCAAAAUCAUUAGAUAAGCAUCAUCCUUUCUAUUACAUUAUUGUCUACAUGAAAUUUCAUCUUAGAAAAUAUGCAAGAAUAUUAUAUUUGUUUCCAAAGCUUGAAAAUGCAAUAGAAUUUGAAGUACUGAAAAUAUGAUUCCUGGUUGACAACAUCUUAGAAGUUGCAGAGGUGUCUUUUUUUGAGACGACUUUAAUAAUGACUGACUUUAAUAAUGUGACAAAGCAAGGGAGGAUUUCAAUAGCAAGCAAGAUGUGAUGAAUGGGCAUGAGGAACAAUGAAGCUAUUGACAAAAUAUACUAACUUUUAGAAUUCUAUCUAAAUUAUUUUUUUUCCAGUGCAGAGGAAGACACCCAAGUGUAUCAAUGUUCAUCAGAUGCAGGGUCAUAAAAAUAUUUAUAGUGCUCUUGGGGAGGCUCCUGGAAGAAGUGAUAUAUCAGACAGACAUACUAUUCAAAAGCUUAAAACUUAGCAUCUGACUAUGUAAGUAAAAAUAGAAAAUGACCACAAAAAAGCAAAAUCAACUUUACUUAGGUGAACAAUUCUGCCCAACAUAUUAAGGAGAAUGGGAAAAAUACACAUGUCAUCUAAAAGUUCGUAAUUUAUUUUAUACAGGAGGAUUUCAAAUAAAUUUGAUUCAUAAUACACAUAUACAUUUAUGUACAUCAACAUAAUGAC